AUGAAACAAUCAUUAGCCAGGUCUCUAGACAAACUUUAUAAUUUUGCUGACUGCUCUGGCCUGCAUCUCAUCUUUGCACUAAAUGCUUUACGCCGGAAUCCCAACAAUUCCUGGAACAGCUCCAAUGCCCUCAGUCUGCUCAAGUACAGUGCCAGCAAGAAAUACAAUAUCUCCUGGGAGCUGGGCAAUGAACCAAAUAAUUACCGAACCCUCACAGGACGAGCAGUGAAUGGCACUCAGUUCGGCAAGGACUAUACGCAGCUGAAGAGACUGCUACAGUUAAUCCGCACCUACUCCCGAGCCAGUCUGUACGGGCCCAAUAUUGGGAGACCUAGAAAAAAUGUUAUCACACUCUUGGAUGGGUUCAUGAAGGUGGCAGGGCACAUAGUGGAUGCAGUUACCUGGCAACAUUACUACCUUGAUGGCCGAGUGGCCAAGGUGACGGACUUCCUGAAAACACGCCUGUUAGACACACUCUCUGACCAGAUCAGGAAAAUCCAGAAAGUAGUCAAUGCAUACAUGCCUGGAAAAAGGAUUUGGUUAGAGGGCAUCGGAGCUGCUUCUGAAGGAGGCGUCACUAAUCUCUCAGAUUCCUAUGCUGCCAGCUUCCUGUGGCUAAACUCUCUUGGGAUGCUAGCGAGCCAGGGCAUCGAUGUGGUAAUGAGACACUCAUUCUUUGAUCAUGGGCACAACCAUCUUGUGGACCAGAACUUCAACCCACUGCCGGACUACUGGCUCUCACUGCUUUAUAAGCGACUUGUCGGACCCAAAGUACUUGCUGUCCAUGUUGCUGGACUGCAGAGAAAACCUCGCCCUGGCAGGGUGAUUCGUGAUAAGUUACGGAUCUAUGCUCACUGCACCAAUUACUACAACCAUAAUUAUGUCCGUGGUUCUAUCACAAUUUACAUUAUCAACUUGCAUCGGUCACGAAAGAAAAUCAAGUUGGUGGGGACCCUUCGGGACAAACUUGUCCAUCAGUAUGUGCUGCAACCCUAUGGUCAAGAAGGACUUCAGUCAAGGUCUGUGCAGCUUAAUGGACAGCUCCUCACUAUGUUGGAUGAUGGAACUCUGCCAAAUCUGAAGCCUCGUCCUCUUCGUCCUGGACGAACCCUUGUUAUUCCACCGCUCACUAUGAGCUUCUAUGUGGUGAAGAAUGUUAAUGCCCUGGCAUGCCGGUAUCGGUAG